UUCAAUAGACUCCUCCGCUCCACAAAUAAUCCCACUUUCACUCUCGCCCAAACCUCAAUUGUCCAUCCCUCACUUCCUCACUCGUAACACUUUAUCGUCAUGUGACACCAAAAAUAUUGGGCUCCAUUGUUCUCCAUAAUUCACCCUUUUCAUUUCCAAUCUCGUUUUUAAUGUCCAGUAGGAACGGGUCUUGUCCCAGGUGGACGAUCCGAACCCGACUAAAACCAACCAACUUUUCUGGACGAGUCGUGAAAAAGAAGACAAUAGUGAUAAGGCGCUCUUCCGUUAAUUGUAGCGGUCGUAGUAGUGGAGGUGUAUAUACAAAAUCUGCACAAGUUGUGAUAAUGGUGCCCGUGCUGCUGGCAAUAUUGUCGUCGCUCAUGGUGCGAGACGUGUAUGCAAAUAAUCGGCACACAGAGGGACUCAAUCGUUGGUCCUUCCUUGGCAAUGAUGACAUAUUCAGCGACCAACUCUGCCCAAACCCGAUGAUUGGAGGGAACGAGAAUCGCAUCAUCAGCUCGUCGUCCUCCUCAAAGUUCAACUCUUCCUCAGGGGCGCUGAUCCUCCGCGGGGACGGGAUCAACCCAAACACGCCCGUUCCGAACGACAUUUGGGCGCUGAAGACUUUCUCCCCCAUGACCUUUCUCCCCUGCGACCUCAGACCCUCCGCCAUCAACUUCCCCCCAAACAGUAACCAGCACCACGCUGGUGGGGGCGGUGGGAGGACAAACGCUACAAGUUCGCGAGUCGUCAAUAAAAUACUCUUCAUGAAUCUCAGCUUUCUUCCACUUGACUUUGAAGCUGCUAAUGCCAAAAUUUGCACAAAAUUUAUCAAGCUCCAAUUUGACGAGGAGGAGGGUGUGGAGUUGUCCUGCGACGAAACUUCGGUCGACCUGGACACCGUCGCGAACCAUAUCUACUGGCCUAGAGAUGAGCGGAGGAGGAAGAAAUCCUUCUCCAUUUUCAGAAACCUGGAAAGAUUUCUCAAAAACGAGGAAAAAUUUAGGAAAAAUUUCUACUUUCAAAUUUACUUUACUUCCGAAAGUGGUCACAGUAAGAAGUGUACCUUGCAACAGUACGAGCUGAACCUGUCCAGUCUGGGCUGUAACUCGCGACGACCUCCACGAAUCGAGCAUGUUUGCGGUGAGUUCAGCUGCAAGGACCUCAUCUUCCCCUUCUACGGGGACGGGAAGCGGGUCAAGUUGAUCUGGAAGUCGGGUGAGAUGAGGGAGGACGGGAAGCCGGUGCUCCUCUACCCGCCAGACUACCCCAGCACCACCACCAACGUCGAGAGGAACGAGUCCAGGUCCUUCUUCUACUUCAAGGGACGCCUCGACGUUCGCUUCGUCGUCUUCUUAACAAUCCUACCCAUCGUCAUCUUUGGAAUGCUCGUCUUUUCCCUGGAAAUCAUCAUUUACAUUACUUGCAUGAGACGUUCCAGUUCCAACGAGUCCGGAAGGGACGCCCGCUCACAACAAAUACUCCAAAACUCGCUCAACUUGUGGGAAUCGAUUCCCAACCGGCCGGAAGCCAGAACGGUGUCCUUCUCCCCCGUGACGACCAACAUUGACCCGAAUCGGGCGGUGGGGUCGGAGUCUCCGCUGCCCGAUCCCAACACCACGCCACGUCGCGUGCUCAAGUCUGCCCUCAAAAAGUCGACGGAACAUCUGCCACCCCCACCCGCGUCCUUCUUCGAAAUGGAGAGAGAAUACCCGCCCACCUACGUCGAAGCCAUGAAGCACUAACCACACCUCCCUAACAUGUCUCCAAAAUAACUCAUCCGUUUUACCUCAGCGAUACAAAUCAAGCAUUAAUUCAAAAGACUCGCAAUAAAGAUUUCAAACUAUUACAACUACUUUUCACUGGGCCAAAAAUUAUUUCAAAAGUCGAAAAGAAAUAUCACUGGCAUAAUUUUAGUUUCCACAAAUAUUGGAUCAUUAUGGGAAGGGAGAUUUUGAGUUCCUGCUGGAGCAUUUGUUGGCUUUCCUUUCAGGAGAACAACCAAAUGUUCCGUUCGUCAGCGAGAAGCAAAUUCGUGUUGACAUUUGUGGUGAAUUCCAUUAACCUUCCGAGGAUGAGGUUGUAUAAACAAACAUAAUUGAAGUGAAGUGAAAACGGAGGCUGACGUUUCAGUCAUAAACAACCAAAUCCUGCAAAAAAUCAGACUCUCCACAUUUUCUAAACACUUCUCUCUCUCUCGUUCAGGAAUUCAGGUGCAUUCAGUCGUCGUCAUCUGCUUGCUAUCCGAAAUCUCACCCCAAUUUCAGCAUGUGAAAUCCAAAUCCCACAAAAUUCUGCACUUGUCGUCGCCACCAAUUUUUGGGGCAUCUUUCUUUUCUAUUUUUUAUUAUGCAGAAUAAUGCAGUAAACUAUCCAGAGAUUUCCAACUCGACUGUUUUCCAUGCAUAUUCGAGUUCUUUGGUCUCACAGAAUGGGACGCACACUGCGGAUAAGCACCGGUUGCCCAAGUGGAAGGACCUUAUCGAGACGGGAAUAUUUUUUAUGUUCUUCGUAACAUUGGUUUAUGUGGGAAUUUGUGUUUUGAGACAGUCAUUCAAACCAUACUUCAAAAAAAACUCGGCGCACUCGAAACUGCUGCUUACCCGGAGACGAAUGAUUCGACGCUGUUACGCUACUCGACCAACCCUGAAUGACAAUAAAAUGGCCAAUAAUUCGGUCAGAGGACAAAACCAGCAUCCACUUAUCAGCAGCUCCUUCAUGGCCGAAUGUCAAAUAUAUUCCGUGGAAAUGGACGACGAAAACACGGACGAAUUUAACGACGACUUACUUCCUUAAAUUUUGUCAAGUCUACGUAAAGAGAUCUUUGAAAAUUUGGAAGUCUAAAAUUUAAAAAAAAACUCUUCUUACAAGAACCAAGCACGAUUGUAAAUGCACAAUAUUUUAUUAUGUACUCAAUACAAUAAGAUUAGCAUUGAGAGC